CCUCAGCCGCGAGUUCCAACGCAGGCUCGCAGUCGUCCUUCUCUUCAAUCCCGUCCUCCCACGGACCCAAGACUCCUGGCACAUACUCCCCCUCUGGCACUGGGAACUCUGGCCCGCCUAGUCAGGUCGUUGCGGGAUACGAAAACUAUCCAGCGAUGCACCAGCCGGGAUCAGAAAUGUACUACCAGCAUAUGACCUCCGGCCAGGCGCCCCCUCCCCAGACGGUUACCUCGUAUAACCAUCAUCAGCAGCCGCCGUUGCUCCAGCCUGGUCCGGCACAGUACCCCCCGCCAAGUACCUACUCCGCAUAUAACUAUGCCAAUGGCGGCCUUACAUCUCCGCCGACUUCGGGGGUCUCGAACCAGAUGGGCGGCGGGCAGAAUGUUUUGCCACUCCCAGGCAGUCAACCAGGAAUGACGGGUGCGUAUCAGCACGGGUUUGAUACUACUGGACAGGUGGCACCUCCUGGGAUGAAGCCCCGUGUCACAGCUACGUUAUGGGAGGAUGAAGGCAGUUUGUGCUUUCAGGUGGAGGCUCGAGGGAUCUGCGUCGCUCGAAGAGAAGAUAAUCAUAUGAUCAACGGCACGAAGCUACUGAAUGUUGCUGGCAUGACGCGAGGUAGGCGGGAUGGCAUUCUCAAGAGUGAGAAAGUCCGUCACGUCGUCAAAAUUGGACCGAUGCAUUUGAAGGGUGUCUGGAUUCCGUUCGAGCGAGCGCUGGAUUUUGCAAAUAAGGAGAAGAUUACUGAACUACUCUAUCCCCUGUUUGUGCACAACAUUGGUUCUCUGCUCUACCAUCCGACCAAUCAACCCCGCACAAGCCAGGUCAUGGCUGCUGCAGAACGUCGGAAGCAGGAGCAGAAUCAAAUGCGCAAUGCUCAGGCUCCCGGUGGCUUGCCAUCCUUGCAGCAGCACCACCACCACUCGAUGACGCUCCCUGGACCGCAGCCUACGCUCUCAUCUCACCCCGGCAUGGGUCGGCCCUCUUUGGACCGGGCUCACACCUUCCCGACUCCUCCAACAAGCGCAUCUAGCGUCAUGGGUGGGAUGGGCACCUCUGAGAACUUCCAAUGGGGCCAACAGGGAAUGAAUGGCGCUCAAAGUGCGAACCCCAUGUCAAUUGACACGGGUCUCAGCAACGCCCGGUCCAUGCCCACUACUCCCGCCAGCACGCCGCCAGGAGCGAGCAUUCAGAGCAUGCAAUCGUACCCCCCCGGCAACCCCCCCGGCAGCCAGCCGUACGACAGUUCCCGGCAGCUCUACAGUGCGCCGGCGAACCAACACGCGUCGUACCCGCCUUCCAAUGGCCCUUCGCAGGACCGGUCCAUCUACGGACAGACUAAUUAUGUGAAGAGCGAGAUGGGACCUCCUGCGAGCAGGCCGGUGGGCUCUGUGGACCAAGGCGACAGCAAGGCGGCAAACGGCAUGAUGCAUCCAGGCCAAGGUCCUGAACCAGGUGGCCCUCAGCCCGGUGCGGAUGAAGAGGCCGAGCACGAGCAUGAUGCCGAGUACACGCACGACAGCGGUGCGUACGACGCCAGCCGAGCGCAGUACAACUACAACGCCCCGCCGGUUGCCUCGUUGCCGAACGACCAUGCCCACCUCUCACCCGAGAUGACGGGCUCUCCGCACCAAGCCGGUUCCGGGCGAGCAACUCCCCGCACGGCACCGGCACCGCAGUCAUACUACAGCCAACAGGGCUACACCACCCCGCCUCGGGCUCAACCACAGUCGAGCAACCUAUAUAAUGUAAUGAGCAAUGACCGGGGUCCGACCAAUGGUACUUCUAGUGGUGACGUGUACGCACCACAGGCCGACAUGGGGAGCUCGAUUCCCAGUGCCUACGCUACCCAGCAACCAGUCCUGAACGGCAGUUCGGGCGGGAUGAAGCGCGGUCGUGAUGACGAAGACGACAGAUCGGGCGGUGUGGGCGGCUUGGAUCCUAAACGCCGAAAAACGUUUACCGAUGGAUCCAUACCUUCUCCUACGUAUGAUACGUCUAUGAGCCGGCCUGCUUCUGCCAUAGCGACGCAAAGGCGCAGGUAACAAACGUAUGAUACCCCCGCCCGAGUAUCCUUAAGAGAUGGUAUUCCUGCCUUCCACGAUGAGACCCUUUUUUGCUUUUGAGGUUUCAUCUGGGCUGGUCUCUCUUAUGCGCCUGAUGAUUGCGUUGCUGCAUUC